GGGGAAGGAGGCCAAACGGUCAAAAGUAAAGGAACCUAUAGGCCUCAUGUAAAAAUGUCAAAAUAUGGACGGUUAAAAGGAUCUCACAAUAAAAUGAGACUCUCGUCUUCAUCCAGCGCUCUGGGUGAUCCCUCCAGCAUUCCUUCCUGUUUGUCGUCAUGGUGCCGGCAGGACAGCUGCGCCAUAUAUAAGGUCCUCCUCUCCUGAAUCCAGAGCCACAACGACAAAGAGCCUUCUACAGCCUUCUGCUACAACACAGCCAGAGAGGAGCACCCUGCACCAAAGGACUCAGAUCGGCUCCAGUUACCUGAAACGAAGACAGCUGUCCUCUUUUUACACUUGAGAAACUUUUGAUUGUGACUUGUGCAACAGGACAAUGGCCGGUCUGUCAGAUAGAGCUGUGCUCGUUUUCUUCAUUACAGCACAGGUUUUCACACUAGUCUGGUCCCAGAUGUGUCCUCGGAGAUGUCAGUGCCCCAAAGAGCCCCCAGUGUGUCUCCCCGGGGUGCCUCUGAUCCUGGAUGACUGCGUGUGCUGCCUGGUGUGCGCUGCUCAAAAGGGACAGGCCUGCUCUGAAAUGAACCCCUGUGACACGCGUAAAGGCCUCAGGUGCGACUACACGGCCGACGUCCACAAGAGGAUCGGUGUAUGUGUUGCUCAUGAGGGCGACGUAUGCGUUUUGGAUGGUUCUGUCUACCGCAACGGCCAGACCUUCUUCCCCAGCUGCAAGUACCAGUGUAUGUGCCGCGACGGGCAGAUAGGAUGUGUGCCUCGCUGCAAUCUGGACGUCAUGCUGCCGGGGCCGGACUGCCCCAUGCCCCGCAAGGUCCAGGUGCCGGGAGAGUGCUGCGAGAAGUGGGUGUGCGAGCCCCAAGUUCAGACCAGUGCGCUGGGCGGCUUCGCCAUGGCAGCUUACCGUCAGGAGGAGACUGUGAGCUUCGAUGGCUGGGACCCCAGCCUGAACUGCAUAGAGCAGACCACAGAGUGGGGCGCCUGCUCUCAAAUGUGCGGCAUGGGGGUGUCCACCAGGGUCACGAACAAGAACCAGCGCUGUGAGAUGGUGAAGCAGAGUCGACUGUGCAUGAUCAGGCCCUGCGACGUGCAGCAGGUCCAGAUGACGCAGCUUGCAGCGAAGAGAGGCAGCAGGUGUCAGAGGAUGGUGAGGAGUGACAAAGCCGUUCACCUCUCCUACAAGAACUGCACCAGUGUCCAAGCCUACAAGCCUCGGUACUGCGGCUCCUGCACAGACGGUCGCUGCUGCACCCCUCACAGAACCAAAACCGCCCUGGUGGAGUUCCAGUGCGCCAACGGAAAAACCGCCAGGAGGCCCGUCAUGGUGAUCCUGACCUGCAGCUGCCACAGUCACUGCCCUCGAGACAACGCUGUGUGGCAGCCAUCGGAGCUGGGAUACAGCGGUAUGAGAAUAUAAAUCAGAGAAUCACCACGAGUGAGAUUAGAAACAGUUAAAUUCAGACUGCAGUUGACUGCAUGUCCACAACCAGGAGUUCUCUGAGUUGAGUUGGAGGACCAUGCUCUUUUUUUUAGAUUAAAACAAUAUAACAUACUGUGCAGAGUGCAAAACUGUACAACAAAGAGUUAAAAAAAUAACUCAUGUUUCUCCCUCUCCUGGUGAAAGAUUUAAUUGUGUAACAUCCUGUGGAAGAACUCUUUACAAAGUACAAUCAAAGCACUUAAACCGUGUGACAUCUUUAGGCAGCGAAUACUACAGCCCAUCUACAACAAACUUUUGCUGGACAUAUGUUUGUAGUUUAAUUUAAAACAACCUCUGUUCGAGAGGUCAGAUAGUAUGAAGGUCUACAGUCGCAGGGUGGUGCAGAUGUACAGGAGUGUCAUGGCUGCAUGCAGCCCUCGGACCUACUGGUUUCGUUAGAUGCAAUUUAUCUUUUUUAACACAAAGAACAUGAAAACAGAGACUUUUGUUCGGCCACAAUUAUGAAAACGCAGCCUUCUGCAAUUUAAUAUCUAUACCAGUAGAUGAAAGGAAUUCAGAAUAAAUUCCACACCCGCUCAACACACUGAAACUUUGAGAACGUGAUCCAGAAAGAGAGAAAAGAGAAAAAAACCUUUUACUAUGGUGGAAAUUUUCCAUCUGUGGGACACAUUUUUGAAAUAACUGAACUGUGUAUUUGACACGGUCCCAAACAAGGGCUCCGCCAAUGAAAGAGAGGUCACUGUAGUGUCUUAGUGCCAUUUCUAACAUCUGCCUGAAACCUUACCCUUGUUGUAAAAUGCAUAAUGUCCCCCGUUAAUAAAUGCAAAUGUGUGGUAUGUGUUUUAGGUAAAGAGAAGUCAUUUCGUUGAAGUAGUGCACGUGACAUAUAUGUUUAAAGCGACAAAAGUUCUGUAUAUACUUGCUGUACAAGUUGUUUGACUGAGUGUGUAUCAAAUACACAGCAUUAAAUGAGAACAUAAAGUGUAUAUAUUAGUGGUGUGUGGUCAUUUUUUUUUAUUCUUAUUGAAUUAUACUCGAUUCUGCUUGUUUCUGUAUUUUUUUUGAUGAAUACUGCAUAUACAAUAAAUGUAUAUUGUUUUUGAA